UCUGCUGGCCUUCGAAAUGGGCUCGACUCCUCUGCCUUGAUUUCUUCAAUUGUCCCUCCGCAUAUCAACUUUUUUAUAAAGAAAAGCCUGUUCGCGAUGACAUUUGGAGGUAAAUUGGCAGUCGAGGUCAGCCCGGUGAUUUCAGAACUGGUUCUUAUGCAGGCUGACUGGCUUGCACAUUUCAGUUUCUCUGCAGUACAGUAAAGGCACUUGCUUGGUCAGAGGAUUGCUAUGAAACCAGCUCAUGAGCGCAACCAGGAGUGUCUGCCUCCUAAGAAGAGGGACCUCCUAGUUUGUAACAGCAGUGUAGCUGCAGGGACUGGAGGAGUUGGGCCUGCAGGAGGUGGUGGCAGUGGCAGUGGCAGUGGAGCUGGCAGUAGUGCUGGUGGUGGUAUUGGAGAAGAUGAAGUGGUUUCCAUCCAAAACUCUGCAACCAACAGUGACACUCAGGGAGGGACCCCAUCUGGAGAGUGGCUGCGAGCUCAGCCAGGGCUUCAUUAUGGAGUGGAUAAUUCUGAUGGCAUGCCAGCAGUGCCAGUUGACCAGUACGGUAUGCUCUACAAAGUGGCUCUUCCAUCUGUUACCUAUUCGCCUACCAGUCUUCACCCAGUGUUAAGCCACAUCUCUCCAGCCUACACUGUACACUCCUCUCUCCUGCAGCAUCCUGGCCUUUCCUAUCCACCUCUUGGUUAUGCCCAGAUCCCUCAUUCCUCUCUCCAGUUUGUUAGUUCCCCUUAUGCAGCGGUACCUUAUGCCCUACCCCAUGGCUUUGUCCCGGGAUCAUUAAUCUCUCCCUCAGGCACCAUUCCUCAGCCCCAUGCCGUGUCCCACCUUGUUCCCUAUCCAUCUGUCAUACAGGAAGGUGUUGUUUCCCCACCUCCCCAGGCCCAGGUAGCUGCUCAUACCUUUGCCAAAGUUGCUUCAGAGCAAGCUGCCCAGCAGCACCUUGGUAAUGUAGGAGUCCUGCCCACAACAGAGCUUAGCUCUCGAGGAUUGCAAGUCUUCUAUCACUCUCAGGGCUCCAGGGCUGCCACUGCCACCAGAGACCCCCACAGUGCCCAGCAGGAAUAUGACCCAGAGAUGAAUGGAGGCGAUAAAGAGCAGGGAGCUAGGGAGCUUGUACUCGAAUCAGCCUUCGCUGCCAGGAAUGCACGUCUGCUGCAGGGAGCAUCCAACUCUUUAGCCCAGGAUUACAGCCAAGACAGAGGCUCCUUGAACCGAAGGCUUGAAGAGAGGAGCUCACCUGGCCAGCGCAGCACUCCAGACACCGACCUGGAGGUGCAGCAGGUGGUUAGUCGUUUGGCUUCCUCCAACUAUGGUGGAGUGCGAAAAGAGGUUUCCUUUGCCCCCUUGAACCUCUCUCAGGGUGCCCAGAGAGCCAGAGAUGUCCAUGGAGAGGGCACAGGCGUGAUUUCUGGGCGGGCUGCGUUCACGGCCCAGGCUGUGAGUUACAAUGAUCCCAGAGUGACCGGCCUCCAGCAGCAAACAGGACAACCAGGCCAUGCUGUCAUGCUUGCCAAUGGGCAACCAGUUCUUAUACCCUUGGAGUAUCACCUCCAGCAUCACCCCCAGCCCCCACAGCAACACUACCUAGGACAGGCUAAUGAUGCCUCAGCCAGCCAUGAAUCUACCACCAUGGCCUCCCCUAACGCAAGCUUUAAAGCCUCUGAUUCUUCAGCCAGAGUGUGCCUCCUUGAAAGGGCAGAGCUCACCACAGCUCAGCAGCAGCUGCCCCCGCAGCCUCCUGUCCAGCCUGCAGCAGAUGUGACUCAUGCCUUAGGUUCAAGCCUUGCUCCUGCCUCGUCUCCCCCCAACCCAUCACACUUCAUGAAGGGAGCCAUUAUCCAGCUGGCUACUGGGGAACUGAAGCGUGUGGAGGACCUCCAGACUCAGGACUUUGUGCGGAGCGCUGAGGUGAGUGGAGGGCUUAAGAUUGAUUCCAGCAUGGUAGUGGACAUCCGUGGCAGCCAGCAGAGACCAGGUCUUGUGUCGCUUCACUUUACUGUGGGGGAGCAGCAGAGCAAAGUGACCAUCGAUGUACCCCCGGAGCACCCUUUUUUUGUGUUCGGGCAAGGCUGGUCGUCCUGCAACCCUGAGCGCACGGCCCAGCUCUACGGUUUGACCUGCCAUCAUCUGCAAGUAGGAGACGUUUGUGUUUCCAUCACCCUGCAGCAACAGCUUCAGCAACAGAAACAACCGCAGCACCAUCAUUCACAGCAGCAACAAAAACAGCAGAACCUGUCCAGGACUUUGAGCAAAGCCAACGCUACGUCAAGUCACCAGCUCAUGGGGCCUCCUGCCCCCCAACAAUCAAGGCCUCUGUCUCAUUUCAGACCAGACCGCAUUCACAGAGAAAGACAGAGGGAUGGGGAAAAAGAUGCGGUUGAUAAGGAGGAAACCACACAUUUUGGGGUUGUUGGGCACUCUGAGUCGCCCAUCAGAUCAAGUAGGACCUCAGCAGAGCAUCCAAGGAGCCAGAGCAGCUACCAUUUGCACACAGAGGGCUCUACCUUUGCAGGAGCAGGGAUUGGAGCAAUGCAGGCUGCGCUAGGUUCUUCUCAGAGGCGCUGGUCCUCACCUGGCCUCCAAAGAUACAGUAUGAAGGGAGACGAAGGGCCACACCCUCAAAUAAGCACCACGGGCCACACACGGCCCUCUUUCAUCCCCCAGGAGGUCAAACUGUCCAUUGAGGGGCGCUCUAAUGCAGGGAAGUAGCAUCACAUUUGGUAGCAACUAUAGAGGAGACUGCCACGAAUGAGUCUGACAAGGAGAGAAAGAGGAAAAAAAGAGUGCGAAUGUAGCCUCAGAAUGUUUGAGAUUUUGCACACCUAAAAUAUACAAAAGGUCUCUGGGGAGAAGUUCGGGUUUGGUUCGGUUGUCACUCAGCCAAAGGAUACGCGCCCUGUGGUUUCCCAGCUAGCUGAGGUCCAACAGAGACAUCGCAAGCCGAGUAGAAAGUAUGUAGCGGAUGAAAUGCCUACCAUAGUCCUUGCAUUUCUCUUCCUCCCUCCCUCCUUUGUCAUCCCCAUGCUUGGAGGUUACCAUCGCCUUCAGAACACUCUUGCUUCCUUUUUGACCAAACCGUCUUUGGAAGACUAAGGACUACGAAGAAUGUGUUUGUAGCACAGCUAACUACCAACUCUGCAGGUUCUGAUGUAUUUAAAAGAUCCGAGCCAGUGAUCUUUUACCGCCUCCAUUCCUAAGAUCCUGUUUCCUUCAAAAAGCAUUUACCCAAAAAGGAGAGAAGUUGCUGACAUCAGCAGCUUCUGUGGUGAUAUGUUGGCACUGUUGAUGCUAACUGUCAGUGCGUGUUACAUUAUGCUUCUCCGGCAGGAGUCUAAAACCUCUGCUGUCAGCAGAGAUGCUCUCUCCCCUCCUUCCUUUUCAGGAAUGAAUGGGAUCCUCUCAGGCCAAGUGUGGCACGUUGCACUUGUCUUACAAUCGAAAUAGUGAUAAGUCAAUCAGUAUGUCUGUUCAUCAAUCAGUGUCCACUCAAAAAAUAAUCUGAUCAUACCCUCUUGUUGAAGAUGAGGGUCCUAACUUCUAAGUGUGUUUGUAUAAAUGCCGCAUUUUUCGAAUGAUGUUUAGUUCUCUUUGAUAACUAGAGAUAUCUUGCAUUCCAGUAUCAUCAGUGAGAAUAUCCAUCACUUGGCGUUUAACUUAUUCCCACUUCCCAUCCUGAGGGACACCGUCCCUCCUCCUCACUAUACCUCUAAGCUUUCCAGACCAGACUGGGUGACUUUUAAUGCAAUUUUAAACAGCGUAAUUAACGGAGGAGGCGCGGCUGGUCAUCACCAAAGCCACCUGUGGGAAUGAGAAGUCAGUGAUGAGGUUUGUCCCAGUUACACUUUGCUCAGUGACCAAAUUAAAGCAAUAGUUCUUUUUACAGUGUGCGGCUGUACUGCUCUCCCCAGGAGUCUCUCGUUGUGGGCUAUUUUAUAUCUCUGGACAUCCGUGGUGUGAGAUCUGACCCUAUUUUAACCCCGACCUUUAAAGGUGAUGCACUAUUGAUGGUCUUCAUUUUAAUCGAAUCUUCAGUAUUUCUACACAAGCAAUGCAUGACAAAUUUCUCAAAAAAAUCAUUGUAGAUGAAUCUGCUUCUCUGAGUCUUCAUCUCACUGAUGAUAUUUUAUGUUUUACUCAAGUGCAUCUCCAAGAAAGGCUUGACUCUAAUUAAGUUGUGAUCAUUAUCUGUUCCGUCUUUUGUUUUGACGUUUUUGGUCCUUCGCUUUUGGACAAGGAUAUACUUUAUCCAGUGUAUCUGAUGAUUGUCUUGUGUUGCACAUAGAAAAUAUCACUCAUUGAUUUCACACUGACUGUGUUAAUAGGAAUCACAUUACAGGCAAUGUUUUUUUAUGAAGGGAAUAUGUUUGAAGUAUUGUUGGUGCUGUGUGGUGAAAGAGAAAAAAAACUGACUUGCAUUUUGAACCCUGUUUACAAAUUAGCCAAGAUGAAUGCUGCAGUUUCCUCCUCCUGACAGAUCGAUAACGUUGUCACUGAUAAAAAGACAAAGUUGAAUUUAAAAAAAAAAAAGUGCAAUUAGACCACACAUAAAAUCAUUUAGUUUUAUGAUCAGACGGCAUUCCUCAUGCAGACAUUCCAAUUAAAAAAUAUAAGUCUUAAUCUCACAGUUUCUUUUCUAUCAUAGAUCUUUGGGCAAAACAUUAAAUAUGUUUUUAAUAUUUAAUAUUUCCUUUCAUUGGAUGUGCUCAGACAGAAGAACCAGUCCAUAGUUAUUGUGUUGACUAAUGUGCUGGUACUGCCCAUCAGCCCCAAACACUGGUAUGUUUAUAUGUGUCCUCUUCAACUCUCUUCUCUUAACUUGCUGAGUAUAGAGCCUGAACCUCUGUCAGCAGGUCUAAAGGCCACGAGAGAAUGAGUAUCCUCUGGUACUGUCAUUAGGAGCAGCUUUAAAGGAUAGCUUCAUAUUAUUACUUAAGUCAUUCUCAUAUGCUCAUUAAGAGUUAUUGUUUUCUGUAAUCAUUCCUACUGUCAAUACUGACUGCACAAAGACUUCUUAAUGCUUUUCUAGGUUUCUCUCUGGCCAGUGUGGACAGGAGGAAUGAGUAUGACUAAUAACUCUUUCAGUGUACACAUGGAAUUAGUGUUGUAUUAAAGACUUGAAAAGAAUAUGAACUUAUCUCUUAAAGUGCUUUGCUUAAAUUUGACCACUGUCAAUAACCCAUCUUACCUUCAGAAGAUCACCACGUUGAGUCAUUUUCAUGCUGUAAGCAAUAUACAUAAUACCUGAAAACAUUUCACGUUGUUGUGGCAUUUUCUAUGCAGUAAACUCAAUGUUGUUCUCUUCAUUGUCUUAAGUAAAGCUCUCUAAAGCAGUUGGGCUGAUGCAGUUGUUUUACCUGGUUAUAGGAUUUUUUGCUUUGAGCUCUUUAUAGGAAUACAAACCAGUAUUUUGCUACUUUCUAUUUGUUGCUCCGUUGUCCCCACCUUCUUGCGCAUGGCACACCACUGAAGCGCAGAUCAGUAAACCGUCAUCUUCUCACGUUGCCACAUGUUUGGAGCCAACUUUCGUGAGACGAGUGUCACUUAAAUGUUCACGCGUUUGUCCAGCUUUAUUUUGGCAUGAUCGUAUCUUAGGUCGAGAUGCAUUUGAUGGGAUUGAAAUGUGACCUAACCUCCUGUUGAGUCUCACAGUAGGACCACCCUGCGCUGCCAUGAGCCUGUUUGCCCUUUGCUUUACGGAGCGUGUGUGCCAUGUAAAGCAGGAAUGUUCAACUUCUACCAAGAUGUCCAAUGAAUUUUAUUCACAUCACUGAUAGUCUGUUGCUGGAAGUAAUUGCACUAAAUUCCCUCCUUUUACAGUGUUUUGAGCUUAAAACUGUUGGUAAAUUGAAGAGUUCCAAAAUGUAAAGCACACAGAAUCAUGUAGAAAUUGCAGGUUGUGUGUUUCUGUAGAUAGCUGUAUUUUUUUGUAUAGAUGGCUUUGAUGAUGCUUGUUGAUAAUGCCUUAAAUUCUGCUUUGUUCAAUGUGUGAAGUUGAAAUAAUGGAAUGCUUCUGUUAGACUUGUGUUCCCUUCUUAGGCUGUACAAGAGCAAAUCAGAAAUGUCAAGCUUUGACACUCUUGUCACGCCUGCAAGCAGAAAUUAAUUUCUUAAAUUUCAAAAAUUCUUCAGCGGCGGGGACGGUGAAUUCUCUCUGGGCCCCAGACGCUUCAACCAUGAAAUCUACAACUUUGUGUUUGUGUGGUGUUUUAUAUUUUCUUUUCUUUUAUUCAUGAACUAUUCCGUAAAAUUUUAAUACAUUCGUUACUCUCAUACUUGCCUUUUUAAAUUCCUGUUUUUCAAUGUGUGUAAGUGAAGUAAAUGGAAGCACGUUUCUGCACUUUUUUUAAGACUAUGAGAAGAGUGUCUGCAGCGGAGGGCAAUCCAUUAAUUCCACACACACACACGUGUGUUGUUUCUUUAUUAUUGUUGCACAAGAUCACUAGUUUUUUAUCCCUAGAAUUAAUGGAUUGUGUUUGGUGUCUUGUGUUUUGUCUCACAGUCUCUGGACAACUGAAUCUAGGUGAAUAAAUGGAGACGGGCUGCGUUAAUCAGAUAGCUUUCCAUUGGUGGUAAUGUAACAGUUUAUUCUGUUUCGUGAUGUUGGCAGUGGGGAUUUUUACUCUGUGUGAACUACUUCCUGUUUGACCGCAUUGAACUGCAAAGGUGAAUUUAGAUGAUUGUGGUGUUGCUGAUAAGUCAGUUAAAUCAGGAGAACGAUAACGGUUAAAAGUUUUAAAGAAGUCUGUGUAUUUUCAGAUUUGAUAUAUAUUUUUUGCCACAAGGUGACACUGCUUUUUAUGUGAUGUGCAACUAUUGAAAAACAAACAAAAAAAAGCUUUCUUUUCCUUUUUUUUUUUUUUUAAAUGCCUAAAUCUGCAAAAUAUAUGCAAUGUAAAUGUAACAUUCAAUCCUCAAGUAUAAUCCAGGUUGUAUGAACUUUGUAUAGUGAGUUUUAAUAUCGUAUGGCCGUACCAAUAUGUAUUGAUCUUUAUCAGAAGCCUUAGAGUUGUUGACCGAAAGUGCUCCCUUAGAAUACCCCACACCUACCUGACUUUAACAAAGCAUUAAUAUCUCUAUUUUGUUGCGUUUUUAUUUGUACUGGUUUUGAAUAAAAUAGAUUUGUACUGUAUAUUUGUACCUCUCUGUGAACUACUUAGGGUGGUUUUUUUGUUUUUGUUUUGCUGUUUUAAUUGUACUUUAAGGACACAAAGAUAUUGUAUUUUUACUGUUACAGCUAACUUGGAGACAUUGCAUUUAUCAUGUUUGUUAAGUAAACACAAUAUAA